UCUGACCUGCCAGCCUUCCGCCUCUCCUUGUUUGUGGCCUUUCUGCUUAUCUAUCUAGUCACACUACUGGGUAACGGCACCAUCCUUCUUGCCAUAGGAACUAAUUCUCAGUUGCACAACCCCAUGUAUUUCUUCCUCAGUAAUCUUUCCUUGCUGGACAUCUUCUGUCCCACAGCUACAGUGCCCAAGAUGCUAGAGAACCUCUUGACAGAAAACAGUUCCAUCUCCUUUGCUGGCUGUGUGUUACAACUCUACUUCUUGGUGGCCUUGGCAGGGACUGAGGUCUUCUUGUUGGCCGUCAUGGCCUAUGACCGCUAUGUGGCCAUAUGCAACCCUUUGCGAUACAUGGUCAUCAUGAACAAGAAGCUUUGCCUUCAGAUGACUGUCGGGACGUGGGUCACCGGCUUCCUCAACUCAUUGUUGCACACUGUAAUGACCUUCACGCUUCCUUACUGCCAACUAAACAAAGUCAACCAAUUCUAUUGUGACAUCCCACCCAUGUUGGCUUUAGCCUGUGCUUCUACCUAUGUGGCUGAGGUGGUUAUCUUCAUCGUUGGUGGCAUAUUUGGCGUGGGGGCUUUUCUAAUUACCUUAAUUUCUUACACUCACAUCAUUGCCACCGUUCUGAGGAUCCGUUCUGCUGAGGGAAAACGUAAGGCCUUUUCUACCUGCACGUCCCACUUAAUAGUGGUCUGUCUUUUCUAUGGAACCAUCAUCUUUACGUACAUAAGACCUUCAUCCAGUUACCAUCCAGACCAGGAUAGGCUAGUGAGCAUGCUCUAUGGGAUGAUUACUCCAAUGUUAAAUCCCUUGAUUUAUAGCCUUAGAAACAAAGAAGUGAAAAAGGCCCUUGAGCGCCUAAUAGUUCAUCAAUUCCAUUAA